CUCAUCCUUGUUCGCCCACAUCAUGUGAGUGAAUAAAUGAUAAUCUUCCAGAUUCUUCCUUCCUGACUUUCUGGAUUUACAUCCCGUUGUUAUCUUUUAUUCUGCUCCAAACGAAUUGUUUCCCCUUGCAUUUUGGUUUUAUUUCAUCGCAUACAAUGCUUUACUUACACGUUCUGUCGGUUUUGACAGUGUCAUGUGCUUUUUCGGUUGCCGUUAGGAUACAGUCGGUUUCGGAAGCAAAAGAAGAACUCCUAUCAAGAGAAAGAAGAGCAACAGGAACGCCGAUUAAACCGAGAACUGGAGUAUUUGGGAAUGGGACGACUUUAAUAUUUACUACACCGUGUGUUCGAAUGGAAACAUCUAAUCCCAUUCAGAUUCAAGUUUAUGGCCCACAUGAUGUCAGGUCGAAGUGGGAGGUUGAUGAUGAGAUUUUUGCUGAAAAUUCUACAAUCACUCUAACAGAAUCUGGAUGCCCGAGCGAAGAUAACAAUGGCACAGCUUUUUUUGUCGUGGAUGUAUCCGGCAUUCAAUCAAAUGCAUCUACAAAGCAGGCUACAUUUCGGUUCGACUUCGCACAUGACAGUUUCUAUUGGUGGAUUACGAACAUAACCUUGAAGGCGACAUUCGAUGGUGUAAACGGUACCCAGACGAAUAACUGGGAUCUGCGCCCGCAGGAUACUUUUGGCGAUCGCGGGUACGCUUAUCUUUGCCAGGAUCAGUAUGCUUUUACCUCCGAUUAUGGUGAACAAAUGGCAGGACUACAGUUUCCCCAGAUAAUCCUCAAACCGUUCCUUAACGCCACCAAUAAUGCUUCCGUCUUUGGUGACGCUACAUUUUUCCAACCGUGUGAAUACGCUUUCACGAUUCCUUUAUGGAUGGCGACGGUGACAGGCUUGAUCAUGGCACUGAUUCUGGCUCUGGGUAUUUCUAUGCUGGUUGGAAUUAAAACGCCGGAUCGAUUUGAUGAUCCGAAAACUUCCAAGUUAUUGUCCGUUCCAUCGGAAUAAAGUUCCUUGAAAUUGUGAGAUGGUAAUACAUUCCGGCAGCUCUGAAAAUCCGACAUAUUCAUAACGAAGAUUUGCUGUUAUGGCAUUUCCAACAAUGGCGUGGCUGAGAUGAUUUUGUAAGCGAACGGUAUCUGUUCGGUGGAUUUAAAUUGGUUAAUGUGUAGUGUGUGGACUUAUAAUGCUGUGAUUUGGUUUAAAAAUAUGUGUGUCUGCUGUUGCUACUGGUGGGAUGUUAUAAUUUUAGUUCUCUCGUUUUAAUACUGUGUAGCGUUUAGCAAGUCUUAUUGUUUAUUUGUUUUAUUUAUUUUUUUGGUUGAGAGUUUCAUGGGUUGCUGCUAACUGUAAGGUUAAUUGUAAGUAGAUGAUCAUCAGGUGACAGUGAAAUAUGACCAUUAACAUUUUCGAUCUGA